UCGAAAAUCAAAAAAAUAUUAGACUUUUAUCAAAAUUUUGGUGAUACACCCACGCAAAUAUGUUGGCCUUUUAUACAUUUUAAGAUUUUGAAAUGAAUGUUCAACGUGAUAAUAAUGUCUAGUGAUAGUGACUCUGAAGAAUUUUAUGAUGCUGAGGAUAAUUCACCCAGUAGUGCAAGGAGAAGUAGGAAAAUUUCUAAGGAUAACAAUGUAGCCAAAAGAGCAAGUUCUGAACCAAACAUAUCAGGCCUAAAAGAAGAAAAACAACAAGGCCCUAAUCCCCCCGAAUAUGAUACUACAAAACAGACUGAAACAGAUAGAUCAAAAGAAGUUCCAAUUGGUGGAAGGAAAAAGUUUAAGGAACUUCGCCAAAGACUUCAACAUGAUGAUGAAGAUUAUCAGCCAGGAGGGAAUAUUACACCACCAAAUAGCCAGAAUUCAUCUGUAGAUGGAGUUUUUGCCGGUUCAAGUAGAGCUACUCAUCCUUUCCGAAUUAUAGAACAGGACACUGUUAGUUUGCAGAGUCUUAAUUCCUUAGGCAGAAUUGGUAGAAUACUAGGAGGAGUCCAAGAAAAUGAUCCAGGAAAGAAGACGGCAUCUGUUUCAGCGCUUUCAUCUAGUUCUUUGGAUUCAGAGUCGACGCAAAGUUCUAACAAACAAUAUCCAAGCACCUUAACUUUGUCUCCAGGUCCCACGCAAGCUAGUUGCUCCGACAAAGCAUGUCUUCCACUGCAAGAACCCGACGUGAUCGCUAGCACAAAAUCGUCACAAAAAAAUUUCGAUACUUCACAUCCUCACGCUACGUCCAGUUUAGAUGCACCAAUUGCUCCACCUAGGCGCAAAAAGAAAACCAAAACGCCAACUGAAACACUGCCGCUCACAAAAUCCACUUCUAGCACUAAUUUCGAGUCCUCUGAACUUGCUAGUCCCGCUACCACUAUAGAAUCACUAACUAGAGAGUUUGAACAUUCUUUAGACAGAUUGCCUUCGAUAAAGUCAACCAAAUCUGAUAGGAUUUUGGGAAGCGAGUCGCAGAGCUCCACCUUACGGUCCGGCCAUUCUUUAGACAUCAAACAAGCUUUGAAAGGGCAGUUUGUUGUGAAGCCACAGGAUAAUGAGAGUCUAAGGGCUCGACAGAGUUCCAAGGAAGAUGUAGAUACUGACAGUCAGGAUAAGUUGACCGUUUCCACGGAAAAGACGAACGUUAAUAGCAGUCCGAGGGGGUCUGGAAAUCGUAGUAGUGUUGGACAUUACAGCUUAGGACCUCAUAGGGGAACACAUCAAAACGAUAGUAAACAUUCGUCCAAAGAACGCAGAAAGUCCGCCGGUGACGAAAACUUCCUUAAAAACCUAACCACACACGUCCGCACACACACAGACUCCGGCAAACAACUGUCGGAUUUAGAAAUCUUAGAACAAGUGACAGUACUAAAUCUAGACACCGGAGAGAGAGUUCCGCUAAGCGUUGCCGAAGACAAACUGCCACAAUGCAUCAACCCUUUAUCUUUGCAUAUAAUGCGCAUAACAUCAGAGUACGUGAGCAGUUCCAGCAUGGAGAAAGAAAAAGAGUCUGACGAAGAAAGUGUGGGUAAGAAGUCUGAAAUACCUGUGGUAGGAGAAAACGAUGUGGAAGUUGGAGGAAUAAGGCAAAAGACGGCCAAAUUAAAACGCUUCCUAGGGUCUACGGUGAAAAAAACUAUGCACAAGGCGAAAUCAAUUGCCCAGGAAGUGUCACAUGCUCGUCAUAAAGAGGACGCUAUCGAUAUAGUUGAUAAUGUUCAUCCCGGAGAACAAACAUGUAAAUUAAAGGCUGCCAAUUCACACAAAGGUCCGUAUGAGUUUGAAAAAGUUGAACACGUUCAAGAAUUAAACGACGAUCAGCACGAGGGGCCUAUUUGGUGCAUGAAAUUUUCUUGUUGCGGAAGGUUGCUGGCGACCGCUGGACAAGACAAGAUCCUUAGGAUAUGGGUAGUUCGGGAUGCCUAUCCGUUCUUCCAGGACAUGAGGACGAAGUAUAAUGCUGAAAAAGUUUCUCCAACACCAUCACAAGAGUCUCUAGUAUCUCAUCACUCUGCCGAAAUAUCCAAUUAUGCAGCUUACGAAGGAAUGACACCGGAAGAAGCCGCAAAAUUGACAUUCAUGCCAAAACCGUUCUGCACCUAUACCGGCCACACUUCCGAUCUUUUGGACGUCUCUUGGUCUAAAAAUUACUUCAUACUCUCUUCUUCCAUGGAUAAGACUGUACGACUUUGGCACAUUUCUAGGAAAGAAUGCUUAUGUUGUUUUCAGCAUAUCGAUUUUGUGACUGCGAUAGUGUUUCAUCCCAGAGACGAUAGAUAUUUCCUCAGCGGAUCGUUGGAUGGGAAGUUGAGGUUGUGGAACAUUCCAGAUAAAAAGGUGGCUGUGUGGAACGAAGUAGAAGGUAACCCGAAACUUAUAACGGCAGCGAACUUCUGCCAGAACGGAAAAUUCGCUGUCGUUGGCACUUACGACGGUCGCUGCAUAUUCUACAUAACCGAUCAACUGAAGUACCACACGCAGAUUCACGUCCGUUCCUCUAGAGGCCGAAAUGCUGUUGGUCGAAAGAUUAGCGGAAUAGAACCGAUGCCGGGAGAAGACAAAAUCCUAGUAACGUCGAACGAUAGUAGAAUUAGAUUGUAUGACCUUAGAGACCUCAACGUUUCUUGCAAAUACAAGGGCUACGUUAACAUGAGCAGUCAGAUCAAAGCGAGCUUCAGCCACGACGGGAAAUAUAUCGUGAGUGGAUCUGAAAAUAGGGAUAUUUAUAUUUGGAAGACCAAUCACGAUUACUCGAAGUUUUCGUCGGUUAGGCGAGACAGAAACGAUUUUUGGGAGGCAAUUAAAGCUCAUAACGCUACGGUGACUUGCGCUAUCUUUGCCCCAAAUCCAGAGGCGAUCAUCAAGAUGAUGGAGGAAAACCAAAGAAGGGUAAUCGAGGAGGAGGAGGGUGAAAAUAAGAUCGAGGACCCUGUCGUUGAACAGCACACCAAAGGAUGCGGGGGUUACGUUCUAAUCUCAGCCGACUUCAACGGAUGCAUCAAAGUAUUCGUGAACAAAAUGAAGCCUAAACACAGCUCGCUGCCGGUAUCCGCAAUGGCGUAAUCCGACUACUACCAAAUUAUUUUCAUGAAUACUGAAAAGCAACAGAUUGACGUAUUUUAGACAUAAAUCAAAAAGACAAGUAUAUUAAGAGAGAGAAAGUUAAUCUUGUUGCUGUCUGGAUUCGUGAAGUCUUGAUUUUACUUUGUGGCC